AUGUCCGAGUCGUUUCCAAAGCAUCCCAUUCCUGCAUCCUCUAUUCAUCUCAUACAUCUUCCUACAUAUCUGAGUGUUUCUGAGCAAGAUGCAUCAGGGAGAAUCUUCCACACCCAGGAAGCGCGGUUAGGGACCCGACCAGGGUGCUCCAGCUCUGCAGGCCUGAAAGCAAUGAGGGGGAGAUUGAUGGAAAU